AUGCUCCAGCUCAUUCAGCAAAGCGUGCAAAAAUCCAUCGAAUGUUGCAUGCCACCUGGGGAGGAAAGAACCGAGCUCCUAGAGGCCCACGAUCUCUUCAUCCAUGACGAGCCGAAGUUCAACGGCGCGACUUCACAUGAGGUGCGCGAUCGUUUCCAUGGCUGGGUGGCAGAACAACUACCAAAAGUGGUUGACACGCCUGAAACACUACAGCGGAUUCUUGAAUCGCAUUCAGAGAAUAAAAGAGAGCUUCCUGGGCCUGAAUAUGGGUUUGGAGCACGCUUCAACUUGGCUCUCUUUGUUGAUGAUAUCUGCUUGGAGUCUUUGGACCAUAUGGACGAUCCUGUUGUGAAGAUUAUGUAUAAGCAAUGGGGGGGAUUUGAGCCCCGAGGAGAGAAACUACGAAAUUGA